AUGACUGACGAGAAGCAAGAAACCCAACCAAACAGCAUCUCAGAGACAGCAACAGAAGUCCAGACGGAUGACGAGACCUUUUUUCAAGAAGCUCUUGACGUGAUGAAGAAAGCAGAAGAUGGUUCAACACCCGAAAAGUCGAAUCAGAAGGAUUACAUUUACAGUAUAUACCAUGGAGCGAUGUCGAUCAAGUAUCAAGCACCACAGUAUUUCUUUGAUUUGACUGAUUGGUACAUUGGGUAUUUGAUUCGAUCAUAUAGGAGUGGUGAUACUACAAUUCCAAGCGUCUUGCCCACUGUCAUCAAUUUUGCUAUUCAACAAAUCGGGACGUUUUACCCGGAUGAAUAUGUCGGGUCGUUGCUCAACACGCUGAUGGACGCGGAGUUGUUUGUGUUUGAGAAUUACGACCAAGCCGUUACCGUUGUUGAAACGAUCAUUAAACUCGACAAUUUUUCUAUUCAGAAUUGGACGAAGUUUUUGCAGAUCUUCAAUUUAAUGCUAACAAAGGAAAAGAUAGGGAGAGACGAAUAUUUGAAGAAGAGUCGAGGAGUCAUUCACAGAAUGAUUAAUAACAUGAAAGGAGGCGAUCGAGAGAUGGCAAUGGAGUCUGUCAAUUGUUUAGUCUCCUUUGAGCAAAUGAAUGGAACUGAAACGACAUUGAAACAGGCGAUGGAAAAGAGAAAGGAAGUUUCAGACUUCUUUGAUGAGAAGGAGAAGCGGAUACGAUACAAAAGUAAAGCACUUAAAAAGGAAGACGACGAGAAAAAGCCGUUUUCGAGUAAUCGAGGUGAUAAGAAAUUUGACAUGGCGAAGAAUUACUCGAAAGAACGGAAACACGAAGAAAAGAGGGAAGGACAGAAUUAUGGAAGUGGAAGAAAAAUGAGGGGACGAGCACGACUGAAUUUGGGGCUUUGA